AUGGACCGGUGCCUGGCACAGGUCUGUCGGUUACGUGAGCCCCGCUGGGCGGUGAUGGAGUCAAUCAUCCACAAGGCGCUCCACAGAUACACGGUGCGCGCCAAGGCGGGCGGAGCGCAAAGUGCCUGCGACGGCGGGAAGAAGGUGAAGAGCGUCGGCUCCUCGCUCCGCCGCCACGGGGAGCAACGCUUGGCCGAGGACAUCAAGGAGCGCAGCUCCGCGGAGCGCGGGCCGCAUGAGCUGCUGACGGUGAAAUGGGCCGAAGAGCUGAGUGCCUGCGAGUUGAUCUUGGUCUCAGUCUCGAAGCGGAUGAAGUCCACGCUGCUGGGCACUGAGAAGGAACCCUUCUUGCCGGAGCCGCACCGGAUCCGGAAGCUGCCCUUCAUGAUGGGGAAACCCACCUUUGAGGCUGUCAAGUCUGCCUACUUCAGGGCAGCCAGCCUGGUCUUCUGCGAGGAGAAGGUGGCGGAGGUCAUGUCAGCCCGCUUCAACCCCCGGGAAGAGCCCGAGAAGCCCUCGAAACUGGAGAAGCCGCCUGAGAAGGUGCCAGAGAAAGAGCCGGAGGCGGCGCCGGAGCCGGUGAAGUACUGUGAAGAGGAGGAUCCCCUCUUCACUGCGCUUCAUGCGGCGGCGCUCGCAGAUGACGUCGAUCAGAUCUGGGAGGAGUUGGAAGAGGGCGGCGACCCGACGGCGCGCGACAGCAAGGGCCGUGUGGCCUACUACCUCUGCAGCAGUGCGGGUGCGCGCGAGGCCUUCCGCCGGUGGCGCGGGCAGAACGAAGAGGCCUGGGAGUGGGAGAAGGCGCAGGUGCCGGAGGGCAUCACCGAGGCCUCGGAGCAACGGAAGAGAGAAAAGGAGAAGGAGACGGGGGAGAAGCGGCAACUCGAGGAGGCUCGGGUCAAAUGUGACAAGUGCCAAACGCCCAUCACGGCCAAACCCUUCUCCCGGCUCAACUACCUCUACUGCUCCUUUGACUGCUCCAACCAACACCGCCGCGACUUGCAAGCCGAAGCGGCCCUGAAACGCCUGGGCUAA